AUGGCAAGCAUCGAAGCAGAGGGCCCUGACGUGUCGGGCGAGAUUCCUCAGGUGCCGAUCAACUUCGUCCCUGCCACCGAGGGCGAGACGUUUGCUUUGGGUCAGUUGACUAUCAGAAUCAUGGAAGAUGGUUCGAGGACAGACAACCGGAUUGGAACUGUCGAGUUGACUGUGCCCGCCAACACCCCUGGUCCACCACCACAUUGGCAUGAGAUGCAUGAUGAAACCUUCCUGGUGACAGAAGGAACCAUCAGAUUUACUUGGUACACAAGUACGGCGUCAGAACCGACCAAAACAGUCGACGCGCACGCUGGUGAUUAUGUUGUUGUGCCCAUCAGAGCACCUCACACGUUCUCCAAUCCAACGGACAAGCAAGCCAAGUUCGUCAAUACCUUUACCCCGGCCUUCUAUGUCAACUACUUCAAGCUGUUGGCGAAAUAUAUCGGUGAUGGCAAGGUCAUGACUCCAGAGGCAAACAAGAAGGCCAUGGCAUCUUACGCGACCAUACCGUUGCCAAAGUAA